AUAGAUAAUGGCUACCAUCGGGUAUUGUGAAUUAUAACUCGAUUGGCGAAUAUCUGAAAAAAACCCAAAAUACAAAGUAGCCGCCGCCGUGCUCGUGCUCCAGCGACCUCGAUGGCCAUGCAUCCCGUUGCCGGCGCCGGCGCGCCCCCCGCGUCGUCGGUCCACGGCAACGUUGAGUACGACGACUUCCACUGGGACGACGCAGCCGAGGCGGAGCUUCAGGCCUUCGAGGCCGCCUACGCCUCGGCUUCCGCCUCCGCAAAGCGCCGCCGCUUACCCGACUGGACCUCUCCAUCCCCUUCCCCCUCCUACCACCUCCAUCGCAGCCAAAACCCGGUGUCCAGUGGAUCCACGCCAUCGUGGACCCUCACGCCCCACACACCCCAAGACAAUGUGAGGGCAAGACGCCAACAAAUAUCAUUCAGCGGUAAGAUAGUUUACUGCAGGACACCUACAGAGGCGGAGAAAGCUGCAACUGACAUCUUACUCAAAAUUGAGAGGAUGAAAACCCCAGGCCAGGUUUCUCUUGGAUUUGAUCUCGAGUGGAGGCCCUUUCCAAGAAGAGGAGAACCACCUUGUAAGGUUGCUGUAAUGCAACUAUGCAUGGAGAAAACUCUGUGCUAUGUCCUGCAUAUUGCUCACUCUGGGGUACCGCCUAUACUGAAAACUCUUUUGGAGGAUAGUUCGUCCAUUAAAGUUGGAAUAUGCAUAGACAAUGAUGCAAGGAAAAUGUUGAAUGACUAUAAUGUCUGUGUACAACCACUGAUGGAUUUGUCGACCUUGGCAAAUGUCAAGUUAGCUUCUCCCAAAAGAUGGAGCCUUGCUUCUUUAACCGAAAUGAUCACAUGCAAAGAGUUGCCAAAGCCGAGCAACAUAAGAAUGGGGAACUGGGAGGCUGAUGUCCUCUCCAAACAACAACUUCAAUAUGCUGCUACAGAUGCUUAUAUCUCAUGGUACUUGUAUGAGGCACUGCAGACUCUUCCAGAUUACACGAUUGAAGCUGAGUCUGUAAAGGCACAAUAACUUCAAGUGGAUUCUAUUGGGAACUGUUGUGUUAGUCUAUUAUCUUCACAUCUCAAUCAGGUGCGAGUAGACUUGCAAGCUGCAUACAAACACGAUUGUGUAGGACUCCAUGAGUAUGAAUAAGUGUCCAAGGCAGGGGGUUGAGUAGGAACUGGGAAGCUCCUUUGUCGCAACAAAUGGAUGGUGAAUUCCGUGUGAGUAUGUGUGUUGUGCACUUCCAGUUUGCACUUGUAAAUUUAUUCUCCUCGUAUGUGAAGGGCGUGUCUGUUUUUUUUUUAUUUAAAGAACUUGACUGUUGUAUGAGUUCGCACCCCAUUUUUUUUUUGUUAAUACAACAAUGAUAUGCAGCUCUCUUGCGUAUCGAGAGGGAAAAAAAAGAGAUGGUUAGUUCCUUUGUCAUUGCUUAAGGUAAAAAACAUGAAUUGGACUAUUGGUAUUGGACUGUAUUUUGCUCGGGACCAUUGGAAUUACUGUACGGCAACCUAUUUGCCUUGUAUUAA